GCCUGUUCAGGGCAGAGGAUGGCGAAGGAAGGGUGAAUAGCUUAAAUUUUUUAAUGCAGUAGAACUAUUUCCUGUUUGGUCCUGUGGUGCAGAGGGGUGGAUCGUAUGGGACGGUUUAUUCAGUGUCGACAAUGAACUCUCUUUAUGCUCUGCCAAGUUUUCCCUGCAUGGCUUAAAGAGUCGACGGGAGUGAAUGUGUUCAAAAAGCAACUAAAGACGCACCGGGAGAAUCACUCAAUGCGGUCGUAGUUUUCAACCGCAGCCCACAACCGGCUCUGGGAUGAACACGGCACGUCCAUGAACUCCUUUGGUUUCGUUGUGCGAGGCCUCCCCCUGGCCUUGGCGUCCAUGACACAGGCUGCUGCCUGGGACCUGCGCUUUCAGCCAAGAUGGAGAGCAAUAUUUGUGACCAGCCUCCUGGCUUUAGUGCUCAUGUUAUAUCUGCACCGGACAGUAGGGAACACAAACACACCAAUCAAAGGUAGUUUUCUAACGCACAGAGGGGGAGAGUCGGAUGUAGGAUCUCAGAGACUUCUUGCUUGGCAUCUGAAGAGCGGAAAGCCCUACAAUGACACAUACCCGCUGAGUCCUCCGGAGAGGACGCAGCAUGGUAUUCGCUACCGUAUAGGAGUGAUCGCAGACCUGGACGUGGCAUCCCGAAGCUCCAAGGGUCAGACGUGGUUCAGCUACAUGAAGAGAGGCUAUGUGACCAUUUCAGAGAGUGCAGACAGAGUGGAGGUGGAGUGGGACGCUGACACAAUCACUUUAGAGAGCAGUCUGGCUGAGAAAGGACGAGGAAUGGAGCUGUCUGAGCUGGUGGCCUUUAAUGGUCACCUGUACAGUGUGGAUGACCGCACAGGUGUGGUGUACAGGAUUGAGGGAAGCAGAGCCGUUCCCUGGGUGAUUCUACCUGACGGCGAUGGCUCCGUCCCUAAAGGGUUCAAGGCAGAGUGGCUGGCAGUGAAGGAUGAGCACCUGUUUGUUGGAAGUCUGGGGAAGGAGUGGACUACGACAUCCGGGGAAUUCGUCAACAACAACCCGGAGUGGGUGAAAGUGAUCGACUACAGGGGCGGCGUGGAGCAUGAGAACUGGGUGCCUUAUUACAGCGCUCUGCGGAAAGCUGCAGGGAUCAAACCACCAGGUUACCUCAUCCAUGAAUCAGCAGCUUGGAGCGAACGUCUCCAGCGGUGGUUCUUUCUACCUCGCCGUGCCAGCCACGAGCGCUACGACGAGGCAGCUGACGAGCGUCGAGCCACCAACCUUCUCCUGUCCUGCCCUGCGGACUUCAGACACGUGACCCUGCGGCGCGUCGGGCCGUUAAACCCUACUCAUGGCUUCUCCUCAUUUAAAUUUGUUCCUGACACAGAUGACCAGGUCAUCCUGGCUCUGAAGUCAGAGGAGGAUGGCGGCAGGAUCGCCACAUACAUCAUUGCCUUUACACUAGAUGGGCAGCUUCUAAUGCCUGAGACCAAGAUUGGAGAUGUAAAGUAUGAAGGCCUGGAGUUCAUUUAAAAGUGCUCUUUAAUGAACAGAUUGUUUUAUCCAUUUGUGAAACGUUUUAUAUGGGAGAAGUCACAGGUGAAUGGUCAGACCUGCGCCAUAUUGGUGCUGCUAGAUGCUUUCGUUUUUAAGUCGAAGAGAAGAUACCGGAGUAGGGGCUACAACCAAAAAAGGCAAAACUCUACAUAAAUGAUACCAAA